GGGCUACCGGCAGCUCUGUCUCCCAGCCCUCCAAUCCUGCCUGCCACUGCCCAGCGCUUCCCUCCCCCUCCCCCUGCUCCCUCAGUGUCCGCCAUGGCCAAAGCCUAUGACCACCUCUUCAAGUUGCUGCUGAUCGGGGACUCGGGGGUGGGCAAGACUUGUCUGAUCAUUCGCUUUGCAGAGGACAACUUCAACAACACUUACAUCUCCACCAUCGGGAUUGAUUUCAAGAUCCGCACUGUGGAUGUAGAGGGCAAGAAGAUCAAACUGCAAGUCUGGGACACAGCUGGCCAAGAGCGAUUCAAGACAAUAACUACUGCCUAUUACCGCGGAGCCAUGGGCAUUAUUCUAGUGUAUGACAUCACAGAUGAGAAGUCCUUUGAGAAUAUUCAGAACUGGAUGAAGAGCAUCAAAGAGAAUGCCUCGGCUGGGGUGGAGCGCCUCCUGCUGGGGAACAAGUGUGACAUGGAGGCCAAGAGGAAGGUACAGAAGGAGCAGGCCGAUAAGUUGGCUCGGGAACACGGAAUCCGAUUUUUCGAGACGAGUGCCAAAUCCAGUAUGAAUGUGGAUGAGGCUUUCAGUUCCCUGGCCCGGGACAUCUUGCUCAAGUCAGGAGGCCGGAGAUCGGGGAACAGCAGCAAGUCCUCCAGCACUGACCUGAAAACUUGUGACAGAAAGAACACCAACAAGUGCUCCCUGGGCUGAGGACCCUUUCUGCCUCCCCACCCUAAGCCUGGAGGUUGAACCUGAGGGAAGCAGGGCUGAGGGACUAGAUGGGGGAGAGAUAGCAGGUGGGGCUUGGAGGAGUAAAGAUGGGUAGAUGGUGAAAGAAUGGGGAGGAAAUGGAGAAGAAGAA